AUGGACAAUACGUUUACGAAUGAUAUAGUACAAAUGAAUGCUUUUAAGACUCUAGCUGUUGAUAAAAACAUUGAAGUAGAUAUUGGCACUGGAAUGAAUAAAAGUAUGGAAGUAGAUGAAGGUACAGAAGUAGAUGAAAAUACAGAAGUGGAUAAUGGCAUCAAAAUCGACUAUACUGAAUUAAAAUUUGAUUCUUACAAAGCAAUUAGAGAUACUACAAAUAUUGUUGAUUAUACAAAUAGUGAAAAUUUUUGUAAGGUAAAUUGA